CUAACCGAAACUAAGUGCGGCUCAAAUGUACGAUGUCAGACAUGUGCUCUGUGUGAUCUUCAUUCAAACUCUUCGAGUGAUUUUACAGUUAGCUCUAAGCUACUGUCAUUUCUAGAGAACUGAAAUGGGUUGCUUUAUUCUCUCUUCAUCGUGGAAGUUUUGAAUUGUUGGCGGUCUCGGGCGAAGCACAAGAUGACUAUCAUGGACUACUUCACCCAGUUGGGCUCUAACCCCUACUUCGGUGCGGGAUUCGGUCUGUUCGGGGUCGGUGCUGCAGCCGCACUUGCACGAAAAGGAAUGCAGGUGGGCAUGAUCCUGUUCCGGAGGCACUACAUGAUGACGCUGGAGGUGCCGUGCCGCGACAAGAGCUACCAGUGGCUGCUGCAGUGGAUCACCCGGCACGCCCGGCACACGCAGCACCUGAGCGUCGAGACCAGCUUCCAGCAGCACGAGACCGGCCGCGUCAAGACCUCCUUCGACUUCAUCCCCAGUGUGGGCGUCCACUUCUUCACCUAUCGAGGCACGUGGAUCCGUGUGGAACGUAACCGCGAGCAGCACACCUUGGACCUGCACAUGGGAGUGCCCUGGGAGACAGUCACCCUCACAGCACUCGGGAGGGACAAGGGCAUCUACUUCAGCCUCCUCGAGGAAGCCCGCAGCCUCGCCCUGGAGAGGGAGGAGGGCAAGACGGUGAUGUACACGGCGGUGGGGUCGGAGUGGCGCCAGUUUGGCCACCCCCGGCAGAGGAGGCCCCUGGGCUCGGUCAUCCUGGACGACGGACUGGGACAGCGCAUCCUCGCAGACGUCAGGGACUUCAUCGCCAACCCAAAGUGGUACACCGACAGAGGGAUUCCAUACCGGAGAGGCUACCUGCUGCAUGGACCUCCUGGGUGCGGCAAGAGCAGCUUCAUCACGGCGUUGGCGGGAGAGCUGCAGUACAGCAUCUGCGUGCUGAACCUGAGCGAGCGAGGUCUCUCAGACGACCGGCUCAACCACCUGAUGAGCCUCGUUCCGCAGCAGAGCAUCGUUCUGCUGGAGGACAUAGACGCCGCCUUCCUCAGCAGGGAGGACACCGCUGGAGUGAAAGCUGCCUAUGAAGGGCUGAGCAGGGUGACCUUCAGCGGCCUGCUCAACAUGCUGGACGGAGUGGCGUCGGCUGAGGCACGCAUCCUCUUUAUGACCACAAACUACCUUGAGAGACUGGACCCUGCGCUGAUUCGGCCGGGCCGCGUGGACGUGCGCGAGUACAUCGGACACGCAACAGACUUCCAGCUGGCGGCCAUCUUCCGCAAGUUCUACCCGGCGGAGCCCGAGGCCAGUGCCGGGGACUUCGUGUCCGCGGUGCGAACCCAGGUGCCUGGUCCGCUGAGUAUGGCGCUCAUCCAGGGGUUCUUUAUGUUCCACAAGGACGACCCCCAGGGGGCCAUAAGGAAUGUGGCUGUCAUGGCUAAACAACGAUGACCAGCGAAUUCAAUGCUGCGUCGGGUAGUUGUGUGUAGGAGAUUGUGUACAUCGUGUAAAUUGACGGGUUUGAAAUAAAGAUCCCGCGUUUUUAAGCUGUUA